UUUCUCGUUUUCAGUAUUCGAUAUUCAUUUUGAAUUCAAUUGAUUCAAAGGCCCGCCCUCUUGGUCCAAACGCAAGACUUCUGAUUAAAAGCCGACAUAUAUAUAUAUAUAUAUACUCCGUCUUCACACACCUACAUACAUAUUUUUGAUUUCUCAUUCAGUGCUCGAAAUUAGAAUUUGAACUCGAAACUUCUGAGUAAGAAGAAAAACCAAGAGUACCAUGAAUAGUUAUAUUCCCAUUACCGAUUCCAAACAAGAAACCAAAAUUCCUAAUUACUACUACGAUUCAUCAUCUUCUCCAACUGGAUGUGGAUUGUGUAGUUGUUUAAAGUUUUCCUGUUUCAAUUGGGGCAAAGGUAAUGAAGUUCACAGCAGAUCUCUGCUACAAGAUCAUGAAACAGAGCACAGAGAGUCAUGGCUGGUGAUAUUGAAGAAUUUAUUAAGAAAAAUGAAUCGUAAUUCGAAGAAAUCGAAAGCUCAAUUUCAGUAUGAUGCUCAGAGUUAUGCUCUGAAUUUUGAUGAUGGAGCUCAUGGGGAAGAAGAUGGGCUUUUGUGUAAUUUCUCAGCUAGGUUCGCUGUCCCUGUUAUUGCUCAAAAACAGAGCAAAAAUGGUUUGUGACACUUUUUUAUUUUAAAAGUAUUGAAAAUGUUAUUAAUAUAAUUAGAGUACUAUCUUCUUUUUUA